UUUUGCAAUUAAGCGUGGUGACGUGGAUAGUUUUUAAGAUUAUCUAGUCUUAGUAGGGGUUCGAAACUCCAUUCAGAGACCAUGCUAAGUGCAGUAUAAACGAGUCAUAAAUAGGCUACAACGAAAGCGUGCGAGUUUGCAUGUGAGGUACUGUUGGCAGGGACCACUGUCAGCGCGCAUUCCAGCGAAGAUUCCUUCAAUCACGAAAAGUUGUCGGCCACAGAUACGCUUGUAAAUGCAAGGCGGAAUCAAAAAGUCAAGUUAUGUCAUGGCUGGAUGGACGAUGGUACAUGUAACUACAGACGACGUUAUGUUGUGAAUCAGACGUCAAAGGCUAGUAAUUAGGGACUUCUAUUUGAAAACGAUUUAGUGCAAGAUUUUUUGUCUACAAUCGAAACCUCUCAUGAAUGUUUGUUGCAAGAUGAACUCAAGUGAAAAGUUCUGCGUCGAUUCUACUUUAUCAAACGAAUUGGCUCGUUUUAAACUAACACCAACCAUCUAUAACAUCUUGGUAGGUGUAUGCGUCACAAAUGGUCUCUUAUCGCCAAUCGCAGUGGCAGGAAAUGGUCUCGUUCUUGCUGUUAUUCUGAAGUUUCCAAGUCUUCAAACUAACUCGAAUCUUCUGAUAUUUUCGCUUGCUACAACAGACAUUCUCGUCGGUGCGGUGGUACAGCCCUCGUUCAUUGUGUACAUCGUUAGUAAAUUAAGAUUGGACUUCUCCUGCAUGGCUUUUAUGUCGUACUUAUAUACCGAGAUCUUCAGUCUCGGGCUGUCUAUUUUAAUGUUAACCCUCGUGUGUUGCGAUAGAUACUUUGCUAUAGUUUUUCCAUACAAGUACAUCACUCGCGCCACGAAGAAACGAGUCAUAAAAACUGUGGUUAUUUUCUGGGGCUCGUGGUUUCUGUUCAACGUUAUAUGCAGAGCAGUGAGAGUGAAAAACGACGAGUUCUUUUCACCCGUUGCCUCCGUUGUGAUCGCAGUUACUUUCAGUUUGAACAUCGUUUUGAACUUCAAAAUUUUCCGCAUCGUGAGACUUCACAAACGACAGAUUCUUUCCCACAACCAAGUCAUCAUUGACUUUAAGACACGAGAAAAUCCUGAAGGACAAGGUAAGACGGAAAGCGACAACCCACGGACCCGUUCACAAGACACACGCAUGGCUGUCACAGUGUUGUUAAUUUCCGGGGUACUCAUUAUCUGUUAUUUACCUCUUAUGUUGACUUCGGUGGCGGAUAUGAUAGUAGACAGAGAUGAUAUCUUCGAUCACGUUAUUUAUCCAUUAGCAGAGACUGUAGCAUUUCUUAAUUCUUCUUUAAAUCCGUUUCUCUAUUGUCUGCGGUUCAAGGAGCUAAGACACAAAGUGAGUCAGCUUUUAAGGAUUUCGACCGCCUCCAAUGAAAACAAAUGAAUUUAUUA